AUGCGUGGUCGCCCGCCCGUUGUCAUUGUCAUCGCCGCCUGCUGCUUAGCUGCUUAUGAUGUAGCUCUGUCGAGAGGGGUCGGCGUCGGAUCUGCGAAUAUAUGGUAUGGUGUUUCUUACCGCGCCACGUUCGCUGAUGACCAGACGUACAGCCUCAGUGCGUUCCGCGAGCGUGGAUAUCGUGCGAACGCGUCAGCGCUGCACAGCACUUGCGCGUCCGAUGGACGGGAAUACACGCACCUGCCGGUGUCUGCUCUGAGCACUGCGCACUCGGUCCCCCCGAUCUUGACACGCGUUGUACACAGCAAUUGUGUGCCCGCGGUCACGCAUGCCCGCGGUCCCCGUCCCGUCGAUCCUUCAGUGGUCAGCCGAACAUCACGCGCCGACACCCUAAAGUUCCUCACGCGGGCCUGUGCUUGCCGCCGCCGCAGUUGGCCGUCCGCGUCCCCAGAGCGUAGAUCGUGCAGAGCGCUGCUCGCGCGUCGCACACCGCGUGCCUGCGCACCCGCGCACCCGCGCAUCCACGCAACGUACGUGUCUGGGCUCCUGUCUCUGGCAGCGCCGCAGCUGACCGCCGGUGCCACAGCAUCGCCAUGCCAAAAGCCAACCGCCUUUGCUACCAGAUACGGCGCGGCGUUCCACACGCCCCCGCCCAUCUGGUCAUUCUCGCUCGCAUUGGAGGCGGACGCUAGCAGCCGCUCGGGGCACGCUAGCGAAACCGUGCGGAACUUGAAGUGCGCGCGCACGGACUCACAGGUGGUAGGUGCCGGGCUCCGGGAUCCCCGCGGUGGCGCAUUCCAUUCAGGCUAG